AUGGUUCUCGGAUUUCGCGGUGAAAUCACCAUUCUGUUCGCUGACAUCGUGGGUUUCACGGUCCUUGCUUCUCAAUGCUCUGCGCAAGAGCUAGUCCGCCUCCUCAAUGAGCUUUUCGGAAGAUUCGACCAACUGGCAAACUUACCGUUUGGAGUCCUUAGUCAUCAAUGGAAGGUCUGA